CAUCUCCUGUACUGUGUCCGCAGUCUCUGGUCAUCCCCUGUACUGUGUCUGCAGUCUCUGGUCAUCUCCUCCUGUACUGUCUGCAGUCUCUGGUCAUCUCCUGUACUGUGUCCACUGUGUCCACAGUCUCUGGUCAUCUGUACUGUGUCCGCAGUCUCUGGUCAUCUCCUGUACUAUGUCCGUGGUCUCUGGUCAUCUCCUGUACUAUGUCCACAGUCUCUGGUCAUCUCCUGUACUGUGUCCGCGGUCUCUGGUCAUCCCCUGUGCUGUGUCUGCAGUCUCUGGUCAUCUCCUGUGCUAUGUCCGCAGUCUCUGGUCAUCUUCUGUGCUAUGUCCGCAGUCUCUGGUCAUCUCUUGUGCUAUGUCCGCAGUCUCUGGUCAUCUCCUGAACUAUGUAUGCAGUCUCUGGUCAUCUCCUGUACUGUGUCUGCAGACUCUGGUCAUUUCCUGUACUAUGUCCGCAGUCUCUUGGUCAUCCCCUGUACUGUUUGCAGUCUCUGGUCAUCCCCUGUACUGUCUGCAGUCUUUGGUCAUCCCCUGUACUGUCUGCAGUCUCUGGUCAUCCCC